CAACUUGUUUCUGGCCGGGUUGAUGCCAUAGCCGGAUAACAACUCAAGACAAGUAAGUAGGAGCAGCAACGCCGCCGACGACAACGACGUGCAACACAUCAUCAUCCUCUUUGACUCUCUUACAACUCGCUCAAACUCGUUUGCAUUGUCCUCCCAGCGAAACAUCGCCCCUAGAACCCAAACUACCGCUCAGGCCCCUCUCCCUUAACAAUGACGCAACGUGCUACCAUCCCCCUCGUCGACAUCCCAAUCGACUCGCUCCUCAACAACGAGGCCGCGGUCAAGGGCUCGCUCGUCCUCGUCACCGGCGGUGCUUCUGGCUUUGGACGUCUCCUCGCUGUCCAGCUCGCCAAGGCAGGCGCCUCGCUCUUCCUUGUUGACCUUAACGAGGUCGCGCUGGCCGCCCUCGUGGCCGAGAUCAAGGGCAAUGGAGGCUCGGCCGCCUCAGCCUCUGCCGAUGUGACGAGCACGGAUGCCCAGCGCUCCGCGUUCGAGGCCUGUGUCAAGGUGUUCGGCCGCGCUCCCGACAUUGUGUACGCCAACGCCGGUGUCAACGGCAACGACAACUUUGAGGAGGACGACGGUGGAGACGCGCCCAAGCCGUGGCGUGACCUCACCUUCAAGAUCAACUUCCGCGGCAUGGUCAUCACCUCGGCCCUCGCGCAGGAGUACUGGGCCAAGUCGCCGGCCAAGGCCCCGCGCCGCCUCGUCUUCACCGCCAGCAUGGGCGGUAUCAACGGCAUCCCGGCCGGCUCGUGCUACGCUGCCAGCAAGCACGCGACUCUGGGUAUCUGGAAGGGCCUUGCCGACGACCUCGCUGCGGGCAAGCUGAGCGGCUUCACUGUCCACGCCGUUUGCCCCUUCUUCGCCGCCACGGGCAUUCUCCCCGCCGCCGUUCGCUUCUUCCUGGCGGGCGUGCCCCUCGUCGCGGUCCCGACCGUGUCCAACGCGCUCGUCUACAUUGCUGCUGGGUCCAAAGAGCUUGGCAACGACGGAGCCAUCCUCCUCCCCGAUGCUGGCAAGCCGACCAUCCUCCGUGCCAAGGACUACGACCCGCUCGUCCAGGAGUUUACCGAUGCCCUCGACUCGAGGAUUGCUCGUGAAUCGUCCAAUGUUGCUGCCGGUAGCUGGGGUCAGUGGUUUAGCGACGUCACCAACAUCUUCAACCGCACGGCUGCGGCGGCGUAAAAUAGAGCCCGGUCGAGCCAGCGCCGGCGCCUCCACGCGGCGGACGACCUGGUGCGGAUGCGAGCAACACAGCUGGAAUCGUUUAUGGUGAGUGGGGUGGUGAGAACCCAAAGUGGACACGGGGGUAAAGGCCCAAUGUGGGCGACAAGGGCACUUCUGCCUAAACUGGCCCAAAUCCAAGAUCCAGUUUCAUUGUACCCUUUGGCCGUGGGCUUUUUGAGCCAGGUUGGUUUGAUUGCAGUGAUCGUGGCCGUGGCCGUGUGGCCGUGGUGGCUUGCCUUUGGCGUUGGUGUGUGCCGAGCAGAGCCGAGCAGCUUAGCUCGCCCAGUGGCGCACUUUCAUUUUGGAGUGACAUUUGGCUGACGACUAAUAGCCCAGACGCGUUGUUUGAAUUGGUGGUGUAUAUGGGGUCCAGCCCGGUCCGUUGUUGUGCCGUGUCAUAUAGGUGGGCGAGAUUGAAGCAAGCGCGGGGCGGGGAGGCU